ACAUUCGGCGCGCAUUUCUGUCGAUCAUCAUCCUGCAAUUUCUACGCGUAGAAAAUCGACCGCACGAAGGCAAACAGCAUGGUAGACGCCCCAGUACACGCGAAUCUAGAAGAUGUCACCAGAGAUAAGACUUUCCUGCGUUUCUUGAAAGAUGGACCCGCGAAAUCAUCGACCACAGUUCGCUUCUACGACAGAAAAACUUAUUUCUCUGUUCAUUUCGACGAUGCAACACUCGCCUCUAAAUGUUUGCUGAAGGUCUCCAUCAAGAACAUCCAGGGCAUACCAUCGGCAUGGAUCGGUCAGGGAAACUACGAGAGAUUUCUCAAAGAGCUGCUGCUCGUCAAGGCUUAUCGCGUGGAAAUUUAUGCUGAGGUGAGGAAAACUCCCGAUGGAUGGGAAAUGGUCAAGUCGGCUUCGCCUGGGAACCUUGUUGAAGUUGAAGAUGUCUUGUUCGCGACCGAUAGUCCGCAGUUGAUUGUUUCGUCGCAUCGAAACGGAAUCGCGUCCUUACAAUUCACGCCUCAAAAUGAGAGCGUGCUGAUCGGCGUCGCUUUCUGCGACCCAGUCUUACAGCGUUUGAAAGUGACACAAAUUCUAGACAAUACGAUGCUGACAAAACUCCAGGUGCUCUUGAUUCAAAUUAGUCCCAAGGAGAUGGUCAUCCCGACAAAAAUGGAUGACAAAUUACACAAGCUCCUCCGGAGGAAUAACAUCACCUUUUACGAAGUCGCAGCGGAUCAUUUCAAUGACAAGAACUUGGAGCAAGACCUGGAGAAAAUAUACAAGUUCGGGAAGAAACAGGCAAAGAAUAUACAGAUACUUCCGGAACUCCUAGUUCAACAAGCUCGGAAACCCUUGGCAGCGCUCCUGAAAUUCCUUAAUCUCGCGUCGUCGCCAAGCUCGUUCUCCCAGUUCUCCCUGCAAGAGCUCAAACCAGACACGCUGAUGAGAUUGGACGCCGCCGCUGUGCACGCUCUGCAUUUGUUGCCAGUGAAUGAACUCGCAAAAGAAGAUACGAUCUACGGCAUUUUGUGCCGAGCGAGAACACCAGGAGGGCAACGCCUGCUCUCCGAGUGGAUCAAACAACCUCUGAUCGAUCCAGCCAAAAUCGAGGAACGCUUGGAUAUCGUGGAGUUCUUCGUGAAUUCAAAUGAAGUUCGCCAUUCUCUGCACGAAGAUUUUUUGAGACGAUUCCCUGAUCUGCACAUCAUGGCGAAAAAACUGCAUCAGAAGAAAGUUCGCCUGAGCGACUUGUACAAGCUUUACACAAUAGUCCGGUCGCUAAGUCCUGUGCUAUCGACCCUACCGCAGGGGGAAUGCGCUUCUCUCGACGAUUUGAUCGUCAAGUCCCUACAGGGCAUGACGAAAGAUUUCGAGAAGUAUGUGGAAAUGAUUGAGCAAGUCAUCGAUAUCGAGAGGGCGGAGAGCAAAAUGGAGUUUCUCGUGAUGCCGUCGUUCGAUGAGGCUCUCAAGGAAAUCAAUGACCGCAUAGUAGAUUGCGAAAAGCAAGCGGAGAAACUCUUGACUAAAGCAGCGCAAACGUUGAGCGUCGAGAAAGGCAAAGUGAUCAAAUUGGAUUACGCGACAGACGGAGGAUUCGUCUUCAGAGUCAGCAAGAAGGAAUACAACCGAAUCAAGACCCAGCGAGCUUUCGAUAUCGCCGACGUGAAGAAUAACGGGGUUUCAUUCUCGAACGGGGAGCUUCGCGACCUGAACUCCGAGUACGUCGCUGCGAAAUCAGACUACAAAACGAUGCAGGAAACUUUAGUGAGCGAUAUCGUUGAUGUUGCGUCUGGAUAUUCUGAUCCGCUGUAUCAGCUCGCUGACAAUAUCAGCCAGCUGGAUGCGUUGGUCGGCUUGGCAGUCGCGGCAGUCGAUGGUAAUUAUGUGCGACCGAAGAUCCUCCAGAUGUCGGGAGGAGAGAUCAAAUUGGAGAACGUCCGCCAUCCGAUUGUGGCAAAGAAGCAAUCGCAAUACGUGCCGAGUGAUGCUCAUUUCACGAAGGAUGAGCGUCGCUUCCAGAUCCUCACUGGCCCGAACAUGGGCGGUAAAUCCACUUUCAUGAGAGCCGUCGCUACGAGCGUGGUUAUGGCUCAGAUAGGUUCUUUCGUGCCUUGCGAUGAAGCGACGAUAUCUGUGCGGGACGCUAUUCUGACGCGCGUGGGAGCAGGGGACGAAAUCGUUAGAGGGGUGUCUACAUUCAUGGCCGAAAUGCUCGAAACUGCGUUCAUCAUGAAAUCAGCCACCGAAAACUCUCUCAUAGUGAUCGACGAGUUGGGCAGGGGCACCUCCACAUAUGACGGCUUGGGAUUAGCCUGGGCAAUCUCAAACACGGAACAGCGGAGCUUCUGCAUCUUCGCUACGCACUACCACGAGCUGGCUGCUCUCGAAGCGCAGAUCCCAGGGGUUGUAAAUGUCCACGUGAGCGCUUUGGCAGAAGAUUCUCGGAUCGUACUCCUGUACAAAGUUGUACCCGGUCCAUGCAGCCAGAGUUUUGGUGUACAGGCCGCGGAACUUGCGGAGCUCCCAAAAUCAGUCGUUUCCGAGGCCAGGCAGAGACUUUCCCGUUACAUCUCGAUGGAGUUGACUGUGGCACUGGCCAAACAAGACGAAGAAGCGAGGCGAAUCGAGGCCCUCAUCCGAGAGUUUUGUGCGAUAUGCGAGGGAAUUAUGGAGACUGACUCGAUGGAGAUGGCGCAGAAAACAGAGAAAAUUCAAGUCGAGAGAGACCGAAUCCGGGAAGCUCUCGAGGGAACCCCAUUCGCGGCCGUACUCCCACCGUCAGCUGGAGUCGAACAGGCAUGAACCGCCUCGAAUCCCGACACCAGCGGACAUUCCAGGGUUGCGAGGGAAAUCCCAUGGAUUUUAAGGAGAAACUCGCCGAUUCCUUCACGGAAUCCAUUCCGACAUCU